ACUGAGGGGAAACCGCAGACAGAGACUGUGAGCGCAUUCACUCUCUUCCUCCAAUCUUUCGCCACCGGCUCUAACAUCAGGAAGAGAACACGCACAGUCUUUCAGUUAGGAAUCAAUGUCGUCUGUGGCUGGAUGGCAAAAGAAUUAACAAGGAAGUUCUUCUUCCUCUUCGCUGCUACCUUGGUCUUCCUCAUCUUCAUCACUGUGAGAACGCCUAGGAUAUACAGGUCCAUCCCAAAGCCGCGAUGGGCUGCAAAGAUUUGCCCCUUCUGCAUCUCUGAGGAGACCAUCACCCCCCUCAACAAUACUAAACACUUACUAAUAUCAGCCUUCAUGGACCAGAGAGUGAAUGGCUUUGAUAUACGCAUCAUUGGGUUAUUUAGGAGAGACUCCAUCCAACCUCUUUACUGUCUUUUCUGCUGUGAGGGCCACUUAUCAACUACAACUCCAACAAAUAUUUUACAACACUCAGACAACUUUGGUUUUCCCUUUGUCACUACGGAUGUCAUGUGUCAGAUUCCUCAAGACUGCACUCCCUCACAUGUUACUCUUCUGACUCAGACUGAGCCAGACAGGCAGAGGAUAUUUAACCAAACUUGGCUUCCCAUAAGAAACAAAAAGAGUGAGGGGAACGAGGGGGGAAAGUUGCAGUUUAACUUCACAGUCUGCAUCUCCAACCUGUUUGGAGACUACAACAACGUGCUUCAGUAUGCACAGACCCUGGAGAUGUACAGAAUGCUGGGUGUGGACAGAGUGGUGAUCUAUAACACCAGCUGCGGCCCAGACCUCAACCGCCUGUUGCAGAGCUACGUCCAGGAGGGCUUCGUGGAGAUGGUUCCUUGGCCCAUCGACAAGCAUCUGAAUCCAUCAAGUGGCUGGCUCUUCUCCAAGUAUGGGGGGGACGUGCACUAUUUUGGCCAGCUGACCACUCUCAAUGAGUGCAUUUACAGAUCCAUGGACCGGUCCCGCUACGUCCUGCUGAACGACAUAGAUGAGAUUAUAAUGCCAUACCAACACAACAACUUGAUGUCUCUGAUGAACAUGCUCCAACAGCAGCAUCCAAAGACGGGGGUGUUCCUCAUUGAGAACCACAUCUUUCCCAAGAAACCCUUUGAGGAAAGUAAAAGGGGGCCCCUGCCUCGAUGGAGAGGGGUGUCUGGCUUUAAUAUCCUGGAGCACAUCUACAGGGAGGAGCCUGACAGAAAGAUAUACCACCCCCACAAGUUGAUCAUUCAACCAAAGUCGGUGGAGCAGACCUCAGUACAUGAAGUGCUCAAGAUGUUUGGACAAAUGUUCAAGGUUCCACCGGACAUCUGUCGGAUCAUUCAUAGCCCAAUCAGUACCCCGACACAACGGCCAGUGGAGCAGCUCCACGUGGACACCCGACUGUGGGACUUUAAAGACCAACUGUUGCCCGCUGUCACCAAGGUGCUGGGGAGAGUGGGGCUGCUGAGCUCAGAACCGUUCAAAGUGUGAUGGCUAGGGUCGUCGCAAUCUUGGCAGCAGGUUUGGGUAUCACAACACGGUGCCAAUAUGGUUCUAUACGACUGGUAUCUACCAGACUGAAUCACAAUGCAGAUGUCGGUGCCUCAUUUCGUUACCUGAGCUGUCAUUAAUCUAUGGUGUGGAUGUUACAGGCAACGGAGGCAUCAACACACGUCAUAUUGCUAGUUACAGAUACCACAACUCUCUCUCUACUUGGCUCUGGCAGCAGGUAACCUACUGUUAGCCAGUAGCUACCUUGAACACAUUAAAAUGCCAAACUAAACGGUCUUGAGUGUAGCUGAUUGGAUGCAUAGUUAUGAAUAGUAUAUGCUACGUGACUUUCCAUUAAUUUAUGUUGUCUCUUGAUGAUGACUACAGCAGCAAAUAUGAUCAUAUUUCUGCUGAAGAAUUGCUGAAAUUUGAAGCUGGGGUUAUUUAAGCCCAGUGUCGACCAGAGAUUCAAGACGAGAUAAAACAGGUUUUGGAACAUUGAAGGUAAAAGAGUUGCAGCAGGGUGAACUGGUAGUCUCAGCUCAACUCAAGCUGGCUGAUGGCAUGUACAACUCAGCUUGUCAAAUCUUUAGUGGCUGGUUUUAGAAUGUAAUGCACGUCACCUGUUUCAACAGCCAAUCGGAUUUUUGCCAAGUCAGCUGGUUAAUUCGGUUAAAAACUGCCAGCUGGCCGAAACGGCAGAUAUUUGGAGGGAGGAAAGAGGGGAUCACCUCAUCAAUUAGUUUUACACAAACCUUAAAAUUUACCAAAUUCUCAACCCUCUCAUAUUAUUUUUUCAUUGUUUCAUCAAAAAAAUGCAACUGUAGCAAAUCACUAUUCUCAUUUUAUGUUUUAGGACACUACAAAUGAUAUCCAGCUACAAAAAAAGUUUGAAAAUCUAGCAGUUAGAUAGUUAGUACAGAGCUUCGUUGCUAUUGAGAAGAUGCACUGUCUUGUCCUACUGGUGUAAACUGGCAGGGUUUCAGUGUUGCACCAGCAAGCCACAAGUAGUUUCAACUUCAAUCUUUGGUCUGAACUGGGCAUUAGUGCUAAAUCACUUAAUUUGUUAAGUUGUUUUAUUUUGUUUGUAUUUAUAUAUUAAAGUAUACUUUACACUGUGGACAUUUUAACAUGAGGCCUUAUGGAUAUUGACUCACUUCUGUAUCCAGUCUCAAGUGGUCAUCCGAGGCACUGCAGUUUUUGUUACUUCUAUGCUGGCUUCAUGUGCCAGCCACAGAGCUCGCUGCUUGGAGAAAAUCAGACUUAUUCUGCACCUCCUCUUGGUUCUGUUUUUGGUACACAAAUGUAUCCUGUGAAAGGAAGACUUUGGCUUAAUUACAGGUCAUUUGAAAGAGACGAAAAACCCAGCAGAAAGUCCUGCAACAUGUGAUGAAUUUCAAAUACUUCCAGCAAUAACAGCAAAUUGUACAAAGUGCGAGCAAACACAUCCUGGUUCCACACAGAGCUCAUUAUGUUCAAUGCCACAGCAAGUGGCACGAUAACAGUGGCUUUAAUGGUCCAUUUGAAGACUCCUUAGUAUAUGAAGAACUGUGAUGUAUAAGUGUGACUGUAUACUGCCUCUGCUUCUAUGCUGCUUUUAUAUUUCACACCAGCAGACCAAAAAAUCAUAUGGAAUUACAUAUUUCAGGUUUUAAUCAUUUACUGCAACAAUACACAAGUUUGACAGUGUGGCUCUGCUCAUAUGAUGCUCUGUAACAGCUGGUGGCUUCAUUCUGUGGGUGAACUUAGUAGAAGAAACUUCAUAGCACAAGUCAUCCUACAGUAUCUCUAUUGGUCAUGUAAAACUCACCUUACCAUCUCAUUACGACUGACUGAUUUGCCAAACAUAAGGCAUUUAUUUUAUUAUUCUCUGUUUAAUACUUAAUCACCUGUUAAAACACAACAAAGUUUUUUUAAUGGUAAAUAAUAAAAAAAAAAAUUUCCUGAGGCUAGCAACCACUGCUUUAGAUCAUAGCUUGACCCAGUCUCUCAUAAAACAUUUGCAUAUGAGUAAAUACUUUGUGUAUAUGGGAGGUUGUUACAGUGGUGGUUAAAUGCGUGAAAGCAUGCAGCAGGGAAGCAGUGACGGUGCAGAGCUUUGCAUUGAUGUGUGCAGAAUGAAGAUAUUCUGGUCUGCUGUGAAAACUUUGCACUGUUUUAGAGAGAGUGUGUGUGUGUGUGCGCGCGCGCGCAUGCGUGUGCGUGUGCAUACUUCCUUUGCCUAUAACAGCGAAUCAUACUAGGUGCGUGUGAGCACAUAUGAAGAACUGUAAUGUAGAAGUGUGACUGUAUACUGCCUCUGCUUCUGUGUUUUUUUUAUAUCCACACUGAUCAUUUCACACUCAAAAAUCAUAUAGAAUUACAUAUUUCAGGUUUUAAUAAUUUACCGCAAUAAUACACAAGUUUGGCAGUGUGGCUCUGCUCAUGAUGCUCUGGAACAGCUUGUGGCUUCAGUCUGUGGGUUGUGAAAAGUUGUGACCUAAAACCUAUAUUUGGAUGAACAAUAAAAUGAGAGGAAAUAUUUGACCUUUAGUAUUCAUUAAACUGUCAGAAUCAACCAAGAAAGUCUUACCAGAUUGUCCCAUUUACCGUACACCGUUGGCUUUCAUGACAGGAUUAUAAUAGGUGUGGUCAAUAACAAAUGUCAACUUUAGGGUAGCUCUUAAAUUUUUAUGCACAUAGACUUCUUGAAUUAAGAAUUAAAAUUUUAAUAUGACUUUAUAGGAUACAGUCCAGUAUUGGUUCAAAGGCUAAUAAUUAUCAGGGAUUUUAUUUUAAGUUAAACUGGGAUGAGACUCAUGAUAUUAGUAGCUUACCUCAUCUUACCCAACUUUGUUCAGAUUUUGAAUCUGUUUUUAUUGAUAAAUGCUUUGUGCAUUGUAGCUACUGACAACUGUUAUAACCUCAAAGGAAGAGUGUGAAAUUAUGGGUAAUGUGUUUAUUCGCUUUCUUGCGUGUUAGAUAAGAAGACUGUUACCACUUUCAUGUAUGUACGGUAAAUGUGAAGUUACAGCCAGCAGCUGCUUAGCUUAGCAUAAAAACUGGAAACGGGGGGGAAAAGAGCCAGCCUGUCUCUCUCCAAAUCAGCCUACCAACAGGUCUAAAGUUCACUAAUUGUAAUAUCUUGUUUGUGUGUAAAAGCAGAUAGUCGUUUCCAGGAAGUAACUGCAUCCUGUCAAGAAACAAUCUGAUGUUACACUAUAUUGUGUAUAUCUAGAUUCUGAUGAUCUGCUGAUGACUGCAUCCAGUUCAAACUGACAUCCCCGGCCUGACCAUGGUGCUCUGGACGUUCGGCAAUCCUAUAACUCACAGGACCCUGUGGUCUCUAAACGCUUGUACUGUAUCACUGAACAUGAUUUUAGUUAUUUAUUUGCUUAAAAGGGAUACACUUUUAGAUAAGUAGCUCUUGCUUCUGCGUGGUUUGAAUUCUCUUAAUGUAAGUCGGUUUUCAUCUGCCUGUAAUGUACAUGGAAAAAAUAAAUGUAAUUUAGAGAUUA